GUUUCAGAGACCCAGGGCCCACCGCGAAAAUCAUGUCUUUUAUCUUGGGACGGCAUCUCUAUAGAAAAUUCCAGAAUCGCAAUAACCCUCAACAACCCGGUCCUCAUGACGAGAAGAAGAAGUCCAAGCAAGUUCCUCACUGUGAGCAUCAGCUUGCUCAAACAAACGAAGCCAGCGGCGAUGCUGUUCCGAACGAGAAAGAAUCCAACACGGGCCAUCAAACAAUUCCAGACGAGAAGCGCGGCUCAAAACAUUGCGCUCAAUGUAUCGUGGAUAAAAAAAGGGCAAAAAUUUACAGAUGGAAACUUAUCCUUGCGCUCUUAAUUCCGAACUGCAUGGCGUCAAUGGAUGCUACAAUCACUGCUACUGCAUUACCGACUAUCGCUUCUCACUUCAGUAUAUGCACCAUCCAGACA